AUGGACAGCCAUCUCCACGAGCAGAGCGAGGAGGACAUGGAAGAGUACCGCGUCAUCCUAUACGCCGGUCCUAGCAACGACCAAUUUGGCCUGACUGCAGAUGACGACCUCGAAGAGGAUUUCAGAGGCGACCUCUCCGUUGAAGACGUUGAGGAGAGUGUGAGGCGGAGUCUUGAGCGUCGCUCGGCGCGAGAGGAGGAGGAAACAAGGGAGGAAGAGAUGGAGAGGGCGACAGAGGAGACAGAGAGAGGCGGAGCUGCUCCCGCCCUCCACAUAGAGUUUGAGCCCACUGACGUGAGCGUGUAUGUGGGAGAACUCCUCCUUCGCUCUUUUCUCGCCGCAACCUUGGCCUGCCUCUCCGCCCUCCUCUCUACCCUACGCUUCUUUAUUAUCCUCCUCGUCGUCCUAACUCAAUUUUUCGUUGGACCUUUCGUAUACUACUUCAUCCUUGCUCUCCGCUUCCUUUUCCUCUCUUCUGCUCAGCCACUAGAGACACCCGAACCACUCCCCAUCCCGUUCGGCGCGGGCGAGGCCGAUGACUUUCAUGUGGAUGGACCGGAGAUGUUCUUUGAGCCCGCUCUCUUUGUGGAGCUGGAGCCUGUGCUUGCCCCUACCGAGGCGGCAUCACUCGGGCCCGAUAUCCUUGUCGAGGAAGAGGUCAACAUGGAGUGGAUUCCAUAUCCCACUCCCCCUCCAACUUCUUCGGAGGCUUUUACCGCCACUUCAAGUUCUUCCUCGUCUGCCAGCACUACUCCGGGCUUGUCCACUUCUUCCUCCUCCACGCCCUUGACGUCGUUGAUGUCUGAAGAAUAG